AUGGAGGUCCCCGCUGCUGAUAGCAAUGUUCGGAAUGCCGAUGUCCCCCCAGAGGCAGCCGCAGAACAGCCUGCGGCUGCCGCUGGUGGUAGCGGGGACGCUGACGCUGUUUCGUCGAACUCUUCGUCAAGCGAGGAGGAAGACGACGUGGCCAUGUCAGAGGCCGAGGGCGACUCCAGCGCAGAUGAAGAUGAGGGCGCAGCCCACACGUCAGCCCGUGGCAGAUGCGGCCAGUUCGUCUGGCCGUGCCCGCGCGAGUAUCCCUCGCAGCUGGAUGAGCGCGAGGCUGAGCCCAAACUGAUCGAAUCGCGUGCUCCGCGGCGUCGCCGGCGGAAGUGGCUGAAACCAGAGGACAUGUCGAAACAGGAGGUGGGCAAUGCGUUCAAGAAGGCGUGCAAAAAGCUAGGGCAGGGCCCCAACUUGGAGAAGGUCCACGUCUUCUCCGAGCCGCACAAGCGCUGGAAGAAGGGCACGGUCGCGAGGGAGAAGCACAUGCACAUCGUGUUCAAAUUCAAGGAGCCCUUCGCGCACCAGCGGCUCCAGCGAGAGCUGUCCCAGCAGCAUGGCAUCCGCGGGCACUUCUCCUUCAACCUGACGGGGUGCGCCGACUACCUGGGGUACUGCUUGAUCGAAUCGAGGAAGAAGCUUUUGGCCGACAUCGAUCGGGAUCCAUGGUCGUGGCCGCCGAUUCCUGUCGAACGCCUCCUGAAGUUAGCCGAGAAUCCCUCGGCGCAGAUGGAGGGCCGCCUCGGCGUGAGCAAACCUGGCCGAAAGAGGUCUCUCUUGACGUUCUCGGAGAUCACGGACGCUUUCGUGGAGGCGAACGUCGUGACCGAGAAGGGCGCAUGGGCCCUGGCGAAGCAGCGCAAGGUAGACGGGGACGUCACCCUGUACAACACGCUGGGCAAGGAGAACGUGCGGAAAUUGAUCGGCAAGGUGCGGCAGGCUUGGAACCCCGAGCAGAUCUCCGAAGGCACUCUGGUCCAGAGCCCAGAGUUCGAUCUGGGAAGGUUCAUCCCCGUUGGCUCUGUCGGUCCUGGGGUGUCGCGGUGGGCGGCUGGUGGCUGGAAGUCCACGGCGCUCGUCUUGCGCGGGCCUGGUGGCUUGGGCAAGACGGAGUUUGCCUGCGCCUUGAUGCACAUGGUCGCUCCCGCGAAGGCUUUCCAUUUCCUCAACAAGACUGACCGCCUCCGGGACGUGGAUUUCUUCCCAGGGCAAGGGGUGGUCAUUGACGAGAUGUGCCUCUGGGAGCGGGACAUCGACGACGUCAAGGCGCUCGUCGACGUCAAGAAGUUGCGGGACGUCUCGUGCCGCAACCGGGAUGGCGCGAUCCCGCAGGGCACGCCGCGCAUUUUUACCACUAAUUGGUCCUGGUGGGACUUCUGGCCCCCCGCAGUCGCCUUGCCUGCCCACGCCGCCCCGAUUAGUCGACGGGUGGAGUGGGUGGAGGUCGCGGAGGACCUCCGCGCGGGCGUCGCCCUGCCACCUGAUGGGCCAGACGUGCCCAGCAGGCCCGAGGGCGGCCCCGUGCUUCCCGUUUCGCAGCCGG